GGCGUGUUUGCGUGGUACUUCCCCAAAUUAUACCGCGAGUACGUCAACAAUAUGAGGACCCUUGAAAAAGAGCAUCCUUACCUGCAUCGUAACCACCCCGAAAGCGUGUUCGCUGCUGCGUCUGUCAAUUUUGGCUCUGCAGCCGCUUUGGAGCAUGCCGACUUUGGUAAUAUGGCCAACGGCAUCUGCCCUGUCUGGUGCGGUGGAUCCUUUGACCCGACAAAAGGUGGACACAUUAUUCUUCGACAGUUCAAGCUUAUAAUCGAGUGCCCGCCUGGCUCAAUUGUCCUCGUGCCUUCUGCAGCCCUUCGUGACGGCAAUACUGCUAUUGCCUCGGGAGAGAGCAGGGUCUCCCUUACGCAGUACUCUGCAGGAAGGCUUUUUCGGUGGGUGCGUUAUGGCUACCAGACAUGGGACUCUUUGAGGAAGAAGGGUAAGGCUCGCGCAGAUGCAGAGGUCUCACGUAACACUCGAUGGAAGAAAGAGAUUGAAGCCUUCUCCACUAUAGAUGGUCUUCAUGAAGAUAGAGUAGCUGCUGAUUUAAUUGUGUGA